CUCGACGUCGGAGCCUUCACUGUUGGGUGUUACUCGAAGCGAGCAGGUCUGAGAUGAAACGUUGACGACGUAUUUAGCAACCAAAACGUGUAGUAAAUUCUUAGAAAAAUCUGCUGUUUUAAAAUGGUCUCAAAGAUAGUAAUUAAGAAAGAGAAAGUCGAUGAUGCAAGGCCAGGACCAUCUGUGCCGAGAGAUGACGAUAUGACUGAAAUUGAAGCUCGCAUACUUGAACUGCUAAGAGAAUAUCCGAAAGGGAUUAACGACAAGAUAUUGGAAACUCAUAUGUCCAACCUCGACAAGCAAAUUCAAAUUAUUGUUCUAAAUCGACUGCUCAAAGAAAAGAAAGUGUACAUGUUCAAAGCACCUGUAACAAAUGCAUUGUUUUGGUGCCUCAAUGAGCAACCUGCCAGUAUUAAACUAAAGGGAGUUGACAAAGAAGAGAAUGCGGUUAUGAGGAUCAUUGAAGAGGCAGGAAACAAGGGUAUUUUGAAUAAAGACAUCCGUGACCAGUCUGGCUUGAAUCUAACAGCCAUCAACAAGAUACUCAAAGCUCUGGAAGGAAAGGAAUUAAUCAAAUCUGUCUUAUCUAUUUCAGUCGCAAAGAUAAAAGUUUACAUGCUAUUCGACUUAGAACCUGACAGAUCAGUUACAGGAGGUUCAUGGUACACUGAUGGUGAAUUUGAAUCAGAACUGGUGGAUAUUGUGAAUCAGCAAUGCUACAGGAUGUUGCAACAGAAAGCUGAAGCAGCCAGACUUAAAGCUAUGGACGGCCCCUUAAUAGUGCGCAACGCGUCGUUUCUCUCUUCCAAAGAGAUGUGCCAAAUGAUUUCAGAUUUGAACAUAGUCAAGUUUAAUUUAACAGUUGAAGAAAUCGAAGCCAUUCUCGAAACGCUUGUCUAUGACGGAAAAAUCGAAAUGCGUAUGGUAUCCGAUGGCGAUGAGAAAAUCAAAACGUACAGAACUGUUGAAACGCUCCUAUCUUCUGCUGCAAUUGUUCGAAUCCCCUGCGGAGUUUGUCCAGUCAUUGAGAAGUGCGGUACUGUAGGUGAGGUUCAACCGAAAAAUUGCGCCUAUUAUGAUCAAUGGUUGGAUUAAAAGGAUGAAAUCCCAAGACACUACUUACAUCGAACCAAUAAGGAAGGAUACUUUGAAUUAAAAGAGUAAUGUAAAAAUUUAACUUUGAAGACUAUGGAAUAAAUUUUGU